ACCUGUUCAACAGAAUGAGACAGUUCCAGUCAGGCUUCAGUGAUAAUAUCUUAAAGGGACGACGAAAAUGUUCCAGUUUUUGAUCUACACGUUUUUGGCCAUUGCCUUGGUCAAUGGUGAGGUAAAAGUUGAUCAAAAAAGUACCGUCAAAAGAGGGUUGGAUGGCGGCGCUAAUUUUGGCUUCGGAUCGCCGAACGGUGGUGUUGGAUUGGAUUUCUGGCAAGGAUCAUCGAAAAUUAUCGCUGGACCGUGGAUACAAAGCAGUGCCAGUGGUUGGAAACAUGGACCCACUCCGGCUGAAAUUGCAGCCGCCAUUGCGGCGGCUAAGCAGGCUUCAGCCCAGGUUUUGAUAGCACAGCACCAGGUUCAGGCAGCUAAGGAAAAUGUGCUCAACCAGCAGAAAAUUGCCAACGAAAAGGAAGCCAAUGCCGCUUAUGCUUCACAAAAAAGUGAAGCCACUGCGGCUGUCCAGCGAUCGGAAGCGGCUGCAGCGGCACAAGCCGUCAUCCUAGCACAACACCGAUUAGCUGCCGCCAAGGCUAAUGUAGCCCAACAUCAACGGAUCGCAGCCGCCAAGGAAUCCGUUGCUGCCCAGGCGAUUCAGAGUUCCGCUAAAGCAGCCGCUGCCGAGAUCCAUCGGGCUGAAGCUGAAUCUACCAAACUUGCCGCCCAUCAUCGUUCGGAUGCAGCCUCACUGAAUCACCAUCUGGUGGCCAGUAAGGACGAGGCCUUCGCUCCUCUGAUCUACGGUGGCAAUCAGAUUCCAACUUCGCAUCUGCUCCGAUCAGCAACGAGCAUCGGAAAUCCUUGGGCGGAUUGGAAUAUGCAGCUGCCCUGGUUGUCCAGCAGCAAUGCGAAUAUGCAAGGUUUCGGUGGCGGAUUCGGCGGGUUCGGAACUUCCUUUCCAAAAGCCAUCUGGGGUUGAUCGGAAUAAUUAUACUCGUUGAUUUAUAUUUGAAGCACAUAUUGUUGAAAGUAUUUUACUGGGAAAUAAAGUU